UAAACAAAGUUCUUUUAUUGGCUUAUCAAGUGGCGCUACGAUCGUGUAUCAUCUGCGGCUCGGAUUCUUCUUGUGUGUCCUGUGAAAUAUAGAUAAGAGUGAAAAUGUCAGCGUGGAGACAAGCGGGAUUAAAUUACAUCAAUUAUUCUCAGAUCGCAGCUAGGUUAGUCAGGCAGGCUUUGAAAGCUGACUUUAGAGCAGAAGCUAUUAAACGUGAUGAAGUCAAUGUGAAAUUUACUCAAUGGAAGGAUGGAAAACCCAUCACUGAAAAGAUGUGAUCAUAAUGAUCAAAAAUGCCUAGAUGACAAUAUCACAGAUGGAUGCAGAAUUCAUCCAAUACAUAUUUAUAGCCAUAAGUUAUGUAUGAAGAUCUCUAUCUCCAUGUAAAAUAAAAACAAUCUCUUCGCACUA